UACGCGAUCACCGAUGCGUCUUAUCCGCGUGUAUGUUCGUCGUGAAAAGCUGUGUGUUACAAUUGCUGUGUGUACACGUGUACGGAUCUGAACACGUAUCUCCAUGUAAACUCUUGCGAAAAGUUUCCUUGCGGAGUGCGGGAACGCGAGAGAGCGGCCGUGGGUAUUUUAUUUCGAAACUCCCGAUAAAACGGCAUAAAGGGACGACGAUUGAAAACCCGUAUAGCCAGAACUUUGGAGCGGUAACUAAUGGCAUAAAAUAACUUCGGAAUAGUCGAUUGGUGUACGUGAGCCAGAAGCUCGGACUCGGCCGCUCGGCUCGACGUUGUACGCAGUAUUCCACCGUCUGAGGAAGGGAACGUUCUCUCGGUGCUACACGACGCUACGAUUCAUAAUCCGAAGAAUAGUUUGAACAAUCGUCGCCUCUGCGGAACGAGGAAUACUUCGAAAAAUAAGGUAAUAACAAAUAGUAUCGGAGGUUGUUGUCGACACGUGGGAUGGAUCCAGGCCCGAAUAAGUGGAGGGGAAGCUGCGAAGGAGGUUCAAAAUUUUCACCUUGGCAUUACGCAGAGUGGUGAGGUGGUUGCCACAAAUGAGGCUUGACGAGGAAGAUUGACGAUCGGGAAGGAGGGUACAGAAGCGGGCUACCCGAUGGUUGCAGCCGUCGUCGGUGGUUGGGGGCUUCUCGCGCUCACCCUACUCACCCUCGCAACCCCUAGCCCUGCCGCCAUUCGAAAAGCUGAACGAGAUCACUGUAAUAAAACAGUGGACAUUUACGAAGAUGUUUCAAGUCCGGUGGUAACCGCUGCAACUUGGGGACGACCUUUGACCUGCUGGUACCGUUUUCGAUCGUUCAGAGGGACACCGCGUGAUUGGAUUCUUCGCGUACGUUUCAAGAAGUUCAAAGUCGGUGUAUUGGCAAACGCGACGACCUGCGCGGGAGGAUAUUUACAGAUAAUCGAUGGCAACGCCAAGACAGAGGUGAGCAACCGUAAGGACCCCGGUGUAUUUUGCGGGGAGUCCGAACAACCGCAAACUUUUAUAUCCGAAACCAGUUUCGUGCGGGUUCUUUUCCACACCGAUAAUUUCACCGAUCAGACUUACUUCAGUUUCGAUUCAAGGGCCGAACAACAGUUCGAAGUUUAUCUAAGAUAUGGACAACAUCCGGAACUUUAUCCAAAUCGUAGGGGCGAAGUCGUCCCUGGAAGCUACUGCGAGAGGGUAUUCGAGGACUGUAAACUACAAACUUGCUACGUACAGAGCCCGGCUUAUCCCGGCGUCUACCCUCGCGCCCUACACUGCAAAUAUCGGCUCAACACCAGGCUGCCAUUUAUCAAAUUAUACAUCGAGAAUGAGGAAUUCAACAUCGACGGACAGAGGUGCGAGAACAUUAUGACCUGUCCCAUGAGACCCAUAAGCUCCGGAUCCGAACACUGCCCCUACGAUUACAUCCGCGUUUACGAUGGAAAAAAUGAAACCAGUCCGGUUAUCGGCACAUUUUGUGGAAUGGGUAAAUUUCCAUACAGUAUAAUUGGAACCAGCGAAGAUCUGUACGUGGAAUUCGUGUCCUCGCCGGCGGGACCUCUUCUCAAUACCGGCUUUCAUUUCAACGUCGGUAAUUGCCCGGGUCACGUGGAAACCGCUGGGGUAAAAAAUGGAAGUUGCGAUUGGUUACUGACCAGCGAGACACUCGGUUCCGGCGAAGGUAUUUUCUUUUCGGUCGCCCACUGGUAUCCACCCCAUACCAGUUGCACUUACCUGCUGAAAGGAAGACCGGGAGAAAUAGCUAGACUCUAUUUUAUGAGCUUCAGGGUAAACAGAAUCGAAUCACCCCUUCAAAUAUACGACGGUGAUUGCGGGGAAAGUCUCACACUGUACGACGCUGACUGGCCGGACGACGCUAGGAUCAUAAAAACUUUUUGCGACACGUUCAGUAGACCGAUGGAGAAUCACGACUUCGUAUCAACGUCGAACGCGUUGUUCGUUAGGUUCGAAAGCAAGACCGGAAGUUACUCCGGAAGUUCUCUGUACUACUGGGCGCACUACGAUUUCUUUAACGCUACUAAAUUCGGUGAACCGAUUCCGGGAAGCGAAUGCGACGAAACUUUUGCCGCUUGGAAAUCGCAGAGCGGUUAUCUAAGGUCACCCCUGAACACUUUAGUCUAUAAACGCCCCGGUGAUCCACCGACCGAUUUAACCUGCACCUACAGUUUCGUCACCGACAAAAGACUGUUCGCCAGGGUUAUUCUGACCGUGGAAGCCGUCACUUUCAAGGAUCAUCCGUACGCCCAGUGCGGUCAAUGCUGGGACAGUCGAGCCGAUCGUAUAAUCGUGAAAGAACCGAUAUCAUCGGGAUCUGGAAAGGGUAACUGCGUUUGCAGACUCGGCGGUGGUUCUCCGCCGUUGAGGAUAGUCUCCAGAGGUGAGAAGCUCAACCUUGAACUACUGGUGGACGGUGUUCACGCCGCCGCUAGUUACUUCAAACAUCCGGCUCCUCUUUUCGAGGCGAGAUACGAAUUCGCGCACAGUCCUCUGUGCGGCCCGGCUCUUUUCCCCGCUACUACCGACGGCGAAAUUGAGUUUCCUCAUUACGAGGCUCUGGGAUACGUGACGCCGCCGCGAUCCAUCAAAUGUAUAUGGGAGUUGCGAGUGAAUCCGGAACGCGACCUGUGGCUGCAUUUCGAUAAGAUUAAAUUCGCGUCGAGAUCGUGCGAGGACGGUAAGCUGGACAUUUUUCUGCCGGGUACCACGGAACCCUAUCUCGGAAUAUGCGGGGAGAACGUCAGCGUUGUAAGAGAAAUGCCCAUUCUAUCCGCGGCGCAGCUAGGACCUGUGGGACCCAUCUCCGAUACCAACGACGACGAACCACCGGCUGUUAUAAUUCAAUUCACAGGAUCAAUGGCGCCGGCCAGAGCCGCUUUCAAAAUCGCAUGGACGGAGCUCUUCCAUUUACCGCGCGACGGAUCCGGCGCUCUGAAUACCCAAAAGCUCGAAGACUGCGGUUUCAGGUGUCCCGGUGACGCCGGCUGUAUUUCCGCUAGAUUACUUUGCAACGGUGUUGUCAAUUGUCCCGCGACACAAACACCCGGCGCUUAUUACAACGCUAGUUUUCCCGAACCCAAUGACGAAUCCGUAGAAACUUGCGGCAGUCCCGUAUCCGGGGGAGGAAGCGGGGCUGUCGGUCCCGCGGGAUGGGCCGGUGCUGGCCUGGGUGCUGGACUCGCGGCUCUCUUGGGAGUAGCCUGCUUCGUGAUGGUCUGUAGAAUUUGUCGACGACGCGGACGUUCAAGGGAUAUUCACGUACCUUACUGAUGACCGAACGCCGAUUUCAUUCGGAGCUUGAAAGCUCAGACACCUUUCGGGUCGUGAGUGCGAACGUCCCGAGGACUCGUCGACCGGGCGACAAGCAUCGAGGGGAAAAAUGAACGAGAGAAAAAAAAUUAUUCAAACGAAACGUCGAGUUAGUAUCGUCGUUUGUAUAAUUCCUUUUACUUCCGGAACUAUAAAGGUCCUUGCAAAAUUUUUACCAUGUCAGGAUGCAAGCCGUUGGACAUUAGUUUUUUUUUCUCUUAGUUUUAACGUGAUUAUCGAUCGUUCAAUGCCGACAUAGAAAAUUUCCAAUAAAUAUACAGGUGUGUAUGUAAAAUCAUUAAAAAAAAAAACUUGGUAUAUGUAUCUAUUUAUACAUAUAUAAUGUAUUGUAUUGUAUAUAUAUAUACUCGUCACCAGAAAUUUGUGGAAGGAGAAAAUUUGUGAACAUGUAUGGAAAAGUUUUGGUGGUGGUGUGGUUGAUGAAAAAAAAAAAAAAAAAGAGAAAAAAAAAAGAUCGUGGAUUCGUACGUCGAAAUUGUAAAUGAAAACACAUUUGUGAAUAUGUACGUGACAUCUGGGGAGGUCGUAAAACUUGUCGUGUCAGAUGCGACUUUCGCAUCGGGUACCGCUAUAUUUUCCCGAUGCAAUUCCGACGUUUGAAAUAUAGCGGGGUGAGUCUACAUCUGCAGUCUGUCUACGCUGUAUACAUUCGUAUGUACAAGUAUAUGUAAAAGUAUAAAAUAUAAUAUAUACCGGUUAAACCCGGUUGAAAUUUCACCACAAACUUGGGACUGUAUACAGGGAGAAAAAAGAAAAGUAAUGCGUUGCCAUAUACCGUUAUAUGUAUGUACAAGAAAGAGAAGCAAGAUAUUGGAAGAAGAAAAAAAGAAUAUAUAUUAUACAUAAGAAUUCGAACUGAAGAAGGAAACCCGGGUGAAUCGAAAUCGUGACAAAUGUCUGGUGGCAGUCGCAUUAUGAAUUUCCUAUGGCUUUAAUGAGCCCUAAUGGUGUUCGGGGUGAACGUUUUCCUCCUCGGAAUUAUAGAAGCCGGAAAUCAAGUAAUACCGAUGUCGAAUUUAUGCCCUGAAAUUCCAAUAAUCAUUCGGCGAGAGCAAUCAGUCGAGGUAAAAUUUAUCCUUUCGAUUUACGAUAAGCAUUACGUAAUACACGUUGUAAGUUAUUUCAGUAAUGAUAAAGGUGAGAGGAAAGGGGGGCUAUAUGCUGACGAGCUUUUAGGAAAAUUGUCGAUAUCUAACGAGCUCGGGUUUUAUCUCUACGAACUAUAUCUGUAUUUAUUUUAUUUUUCAGAAUUUUUUUUUCAUCUUCCCUUUCUCUUCAUCGCCUCCAUUUAUUUUUCGUUCGUUUCACUACGGCAGUAGCGAUGGUAUUUUUCAUUUUUUUUUGACGGGCUCAUCCAUCGGUGGGGUAGAAAAUGAAAAGAGACUAAAAAAAAAAAAAUAAAUAAAUAAAUAACGGAAUAUUCGUUACGGCUCAUUCCACGCUUGUAAAUAGCCCGUGUUUAAGUAGAUGUAGGACAAUCAUAGCGUACACGACAUUACAUGAAUAUACGUAUAUAUAUAUGAAGAAAAAUAAAUUAAUAUGAAUACAUAUAUACAUAUAUAUGUAACAUUAAUUAUGUAAUGAUUUAAUUACGUCACGAUGUAAUUACAUUACAAUUGUAUCAAUGAUAUUAUUAUAUUUUUUACUAAUAAAGAAUUUGCGUGGUGUUCUCUGCAACUAUAAAAACGCAAUGAUAUGACUAAUUUAA